CUCAAAUAAAGUUUAUCAAGGCGCUGAUCUGUGUUACGUCAGACAUUGUGAGCUGGUAAAUGUGACCAGAUGUAAUAUUAAAUGAGACAACAUAUUAAUAACAGCGAUAUUAAGAAUCCUACUAAGUUACUAAUCGUGAUGUGUGAUGAUGAGGAGCAGGUGGCUCGUGAGAGAAGCGGACACACGGCAGUGGUGGACGGGCAGUAUUUAUAUGUCUGGGGCGGAUAUGUGUCAGUGGCACAUGACGAAGUUUUUUUACGAAGUGACGAGCUUUGGCUGUACGACUUGGAAACUGGUUUAUGGAUAAAACACGACAUGUGUGGCACGAUUCCUCCGUCUAUGUCAGGGACGUGUGGCUGCAUUGUAAAUGGAUACUUGUAUAUAUUUGGAGGUUGCUGUGAUGAUGGACAGACAAAUGAACACUACUCUGUCAGUCUCCAAGAUGGAAAGUAUAUGUGGAGGAAGUUGACACGAUAUCGCUCGGGGUCUCUGCCAUCGCCGCGAGAUAAACUGUCCUGCUGGGUACAUAAAGGAAGAAUGAUCUACUUUGGGGGAUACGGACACAAACGUCUGAAUGAAAUCAAUGAUCCAAAGAGCUUUGUGGUUGAUGAAGCAUCGUGGGCUGAGGAGGUUUUCUGGGGAUGGAAUAAUGAAAUUCAUCAAUUUGAUCCAGAAAACUGCAGCUGGACUGAACCACAGACCUUUGGUCAUCGUCCUGCUCCACGCGCGGCUCAUGCUGGUGCCACGAUUGGUAGUAAAGGUUACAUAUGUGGUGGAAGAAUAAAGGAGACAAGAACCAGUGAUCUGUUUUCGAUGGAUAUGAAUUCGUGGACAUGGUCAGAAAUUGUACCGACCACAGCAGUGCCUUUAGGCCGAUCAUGGCACACAUUAACAGCUGUGUCCGAUACUUCACUCUUUCUAUUUGGUGGGCUUAGCGUGGACUGCAGACCUAUGAGUGACAGUUGGAUAUAUAAUCUGGAGACACAAGGAUGGAAUAAAAUGGAAAAUCCAAACCGGGAUAAACCUCGGCUGUGGCAUACGGCUUGUGAAGGCAGAGACUCGGAUGUAAUUGUGUUUGGUGGAAGUCAUGAUUAUAUUCUUCUAGUGGAUACAGUAAGUCUCUUACGCUGA